GCCAACUUCUCAAGGAUGAGAGUCCCACGAAACCCCGGCCGCCGCGAAGCGACUGCUCCCGGAACUUGCUUGGCCGGCUCGCUGUUGCAGCACGGAGGCUGUAUGCGAGACAACCCCUCCGCCUGCAUCUCUCCUCCCGCAGGCUGGGUGCCAUGGCAACCGAGAGAGCCUACAAUCUGGCUUCCGGAAGCCGGAGAACGGCAGCCUGGAAGCUCCCGGGGUUUAAGGAUGCUGAGCCCCGAGCGCCUAGCCCAACCUGACUACGAGUAUCUGGCUCAGCGCCAUGUGCUCACGUACAUGGAGGACGCCGUGUACCAGCUGCUGGAGAACAGGGAGGACAUUAGCCAGUAUGGCAUCGCCAGGUUCUUCAUGGACUAUUUUAACAGUGUGUGCCAGGGAACUCACAUUCUGUUUCGGGAAUUCAGCUUUAUCCAAGCCACACCCCACAACAGGGCAUCAUUUUUACGGGCCUUCUGGAGAUGCUUCCGAACAGUGGGCAAAAAUGGUGACCUGCUGACCAUGAGAGAGUACCACUGCCUGCUGCAGCUGCUGUGCCCCGACUUCCCACUGGAGCUCACCCAGAAAGCAGCCAGGAUCGUGCUCAUGGACGACGCCAUGGACUGUUUGAUGUCUUUUUCAGACUUCCUUUUCGCCUUCCAGAUCCAGUUUUACUACUCAGAAUUCCUGGACAGCGUGGCUGCCAUCUACCAGGAUCUGCUGUCAGGCAAGAAUCCCAACACAGUGAUUGUGCCGACAUCGUCCAGUGGGCAGUACCGCCAGCGACCUGCCUUGGGUGAGGCUGGCGUCCCUGAGGGAGUGGAAGCGUCACUGUUCUACCAGUGCCUGGAAAACCUGUGUGACCGGCACAAGUACAGCUGCCCACCCCUGGCCCUUGUCAAGGAGAUCCUGAAUGGCGUGCAGAGGCUGACGUUCUAUGGCUUCCUGGGGACCCUCUCCAAGCACCCUGGCAUCAACCAGGCCCUGGGAGCUCUGCCUGACAAAGCGGAUCUGAUGCAGGACCCGGCCAUGGACGAGGAGCUAGAGCGGCUGGUGGUGAGGUCGAGGCUGCACCGGACCCCAAGGCAGCACAGGGCCAAGGAGCCGGGGGCCACGGGUGCUCCAUGAAGAGACAAGCUGGAGGCCCCGGAGAAAGCGCCCAAGCCAAGUUGGUGGCAGCCCGAAUGAGCCGGGCGGGUGGGGAGGCAGCAAGAGGCCAGGCCUUGCUGACCACAGGCCCCGUGGGGGCUUUAUUGACACCGCUUUGUUUCAAUACAAACAGUCCUGAAAGAAGUCUGUCCCUCGGGGGGAGGGCCGAAUGGUCUUGUGUCCCUGGGGCCCAACUCACCACCCCCAGGUAGGGGCUGGGCCCAGACUGCUGCAUUGGCAGAGAAGAUGGCACCAAGAUGACACAGUGUGUGGCGCAGCUGCCAGAGAUGAGGCCUGCUGUAGGCCUUGCAAGUGCUCGCCACCAGGGUGCUGGCCAAGACCCUAGCCCCAGAGAAUGCAGAGGAGGAAGCUGAGCCUGCAGCGAGCUCUAUCCCUGUCCCCCAUCCUGUCCCUGAUCCUAUCCCAGUACCUCUGGCUGGCAGUGUGAGUGUAGCAUACACUCCCAGCUCAGAGUAGGAAGGAGGGAUGGGUACAGUCAGGGAUGCCGUGGCCACAGUGAUGUGGGGGCUCAGACAGCAGCAGGCAGCCUCCCAGAUGGAGGCAGGAGAGGAUCACUCGGGCCUCCAGGUCGUCCCAAAGGAAACCGAAAGUGCUGGGUAGUCUCUAGCCCUUAGUCCCCAACAUCCUUCCCUUGUUCUCCCUGGCACCCAGAAGAGGUUACCAGUGACAGUGGGGAAAGUCCAGGGCCUCCCCAGGGGGGCUCCCCCACCACAGAGCAGAGGAAGCCCACGACCCCAGAGAGCUGACAGAAGCUUGCGUGGUUCACUGCCCUAAGAGAAGCGCUGACCAGAGCCAAGUCAGGCGCCUGCCCUCCUCUCAGCAUAGCCAAAUGAGCAGCAGCUUUGGGCAGGGCCCUGGGAUGCCAGCAUGGAGGAGGGCUUGAGGGGACAAGAAGGGGCACAAUCCACAGGCCAGGCGAGGCAAGCACUGAUGCGGUCCUGCCCUUGGUCCUCCAAGGCCGCCCACUGGCACACCACAUAGAGAAGUUGCCAACCUUCUCCAGUGUCCACGAGGCAGGUGUCACCAGCCUGGCAGUCACAGGGAUCCUGCUGCUGACACUGCCAUGGGCUUGAACCACAGGGCUGGGGUCAGUAAGAACCAUAGCGAUCCUGGGGUGGGAACAUGAAAAAUGAAGUCAGCUUCUAGGCCACUGUGACACCCAGAUGUGCACCACCUCCCAUAUAUCAUACCACAGAGAGGGGACACAGCCCAGGAACAAGACUGUGAACUACAACACAACAGCAUCCCACGGCACAGAGCCCCAGGACAGAGCCAAGAAAAAAGACACUGCAUUCCAUCUGGAGUCUGUACUCACCUGCAGUGAGUUCAUCACCCCAUUAGCCAGCACAGCCAUCUUGCCAGCCACAGACUUGACCCCCUGCUUAAACUGUGCGAUGUCAGCAGUAGGGAGCACAUUCCCCAGAGACACACUUCCUGCAAAGGCAAGGGAGGUGACCUGGAGCCCCGCAGGCAGCCCUCCCAGAGCCCGCCACACACCACAGCCCUACCUGCUCCAUGAGCUCCAUCCGAGUCCCCAAAGAGGUCUGCAGAGCUGAUGGCACUGCUGCCCGAGAGCUGCUGCAGACGGGACCUGGCUUCGUACUGUGAAGGAAAAAUACGGCUUGGGGACCUUCAGCCAGGAAGGUGACAACUCACACAGCCAAGCUGCAAUGACAUAGAAGCCCGGGAUGGGGGCAGGCAGGGAGCUCUCACCUCUACCUGUCGCCUGCAGUGUCACGUCCCAGCGCACUCACCUCAGUGUCCACCUCCCGCCCAAAGAACAUGUCCGACGAGAUGGCUUUGGCACCUGCAAACUUCUGCUGGGCUUCACUGGACUCUGGGCCUGAGCCCCGGCUCUCCACCUCCCUCCGGUUUGUAGCUCUGAGUGGGGUGCAGAAAGGUCCGAAACCAUAGUUCUGCCUGUGGCUUUGGGACACAGAAACCCCCUCCCCAGGGACAGAAUCUCCAAAGGAUCUCAAAAGCCCCCAUUCUCUACAGAGCCCAGCACAGCAUAGAAACCUGGCUUGGGGGAGCCUGGGCUUUGGCCCCAACCCACUGUGACAUCCCAAGGUCCAGCCCAUACCGUCACUACAGCUACUUUGGCCCCAGUGACAAUCUGCCCAACACUGGGGUGACCACAUGGCUCAGUUUGCUCUGACAGCCUCCAUGCACAGACACCAGGCUAGGGGUUGCACAAGGAUCACAUUUAAUUCUUCCAGCAACUCUGUGAAGUGGCUAUUUGUUUCACAAAUGAUCUGCAGGUAACUUACCAACAAAUCAUUGCUCAGAUCAACAUGGAGUCAAGUUUUUAAAAAAUAAAUUAGCGGGGGCUGGGGAUUUAGCUCAGCAGCAUAAGUGACUGCCUUGCAAGUGUGCAGUCGUGAGUUUGAUCCCUGGUACCGAUAAAAAAUGAAAAAGACAAAAUAAGUUAGGGGCCACUGUGCAGCUCAGUGACAGCACUCCAGCAACACGGGCAAGGAAGAACCUAGCUCCAUCUCCAGCACCACCAACACAUGACUAGGAGGGGACCAAACACACAGCCUUUAAGAAGGAGGCCCAGGAAAAAAAAAAAAAAGGAGACCAGGGCUGACAGGUAAAAUCAGGGUCCUUCUGCCAGAGAAACGGCUCCGAAGCCACAAAGGUCCCAGGCUCUUGGUGGUAAGGCACAGCUCACACCAAAGCUGGGUCCCCUCACUCUCUAUACUGAGAUAGUGCCUACCACAGGGGGCUACAACGAUGCUAUGUUUACAACUACACAAAAUGACAUUGGCAAUUCAGCUCCCCACCUUAUAGCCACAUGUUUAGGGCUCGAGAUCAACACAGCGAGUGGUCCCCACAUGGCCACAGACAUCGUCACCAGAAGUCCUGCUGUAUUUGCUGCCCCAGACCCCCUGUACCUUUCUGAAAUAGGCCUGAUGCUUGAGAUGGUCACUUCUGGCUCCUUCUCUUCCACCCUGUCCAUACCCCAGGUGGCAUCUGAGUCCCAGCGAGAACCAAAGGAUUCCAAGGAAAAUGGGUUGUCCUUAUACCUAGCAAGACAGCAGAGAGGCUCAAAGCAGCCUGAAGAGAAAUAUGGUGGCCAAGUCUCUGCCCCAGCAGCAGCCUUACUUUGGGGGCCCAGAGGCGAAAGUUCCAACAUCAUCAAACAAGUCCAGCUGUGAGCGGGAGGAUUUUGCAGUCACUGGGGUCUCCUGCUCGAUCACUUGCAUCUCAGACAGCACGGAGUGGGAGACAGAGCUGUGCAGAAGUGGAACGGGCAUGUGGAUGGCAUCAGCAUCGUGGCACAGGAGCAGCCACCUGGCUGCUGGUUCACUUCCCCCUUCACUCCCUGCUGUGUACCAUGUGGGGUGUUGGCCAUCUAGGACAAGGCCAGCGGGACACCAGGCACUGCUGGUGAACUGGGGGGAAGAGCGUCCUGGAAGAGCGUCCCUGGCCAGCAGCUGCUGCCCGUGAGCACCUUACUACCAGCUGCACUACACAAGUGCUGCAUCCUAGACAACCAUCCCCUACUUGGUGUACCAGAGGAGAAAAGCCCCGAGCAAGAGAAAUGCCCAGAUAAGCAGACGACCCAGGGCAUCAAGGAGAAGUUAACCAUCCCGUUCCUUGGAAAGCACCCCAAGUAUGGCCCAGAUGAAGCGCCCAGGUGGUUGUCACUCUCUGGGGACAAGGGUGGGGGAUGAGGGGAUGGCUGUGGGCCUCCCUCCUCUGCCAGGCUCCACAGGGGCGCAUGCAGGAUUCAUGGGCACCAAAUGAAUGCUUUAGAAACUAUCUAUAGUUUCUGGCUGGAAGAACAGGCUCCCUACCUCCCAAAGAAUGUUUUACAACUGGCUUUAGAUAGGGUAGGGUGUAUUUGAAUAAUAGAGUUUGUUGUACAGCAAACGAAGAAAAAAACAGUUGCGAAGUUGUUCAUGGCCUUUAACGCAGUCACCCUUCUGUGACCAAAACAGAGAAUAUAAAUUUAGUAAAUGUAGUAUCUCCUCAAAUCCU